AUGGGUUUAUUGAAAUGGUUUGCGUUCCUUUUUCUAUUUCAUAUAUGUUAUGCAGCUAAUAGUUCUAUGGUAACUCUUGUUAAUGGCGGAUAUGAGAAUAUUGUGAUUGCAAUUAAUCCAGCUGUAACUGAGGAUGUCAAGAUUAUUGAAAACAUUAAGAAUAUGGUGAAUGAAGCCUCAGAUUAUCUAUAUAAGGCUACAAAACAAAGGCUCUACAUAAAAAAUGUAAAAAUACUAAUUCCUGCCAAUUGGACAACGAGCUCCAGCUACACCAAACCAAAAACAGAAACCUAUGACAAGGCAGAUGUUAUUAUCGCCAGCCCUUUUCUCAAAUAUGGAGAAGAACCUUAUACCUUGCAAUAUGGAGCCUGCCAGGAACCAGGGAAAUAUAUUCAUUUGACUCCAGAAUUUAUACUGAAUGACAGACUAAUCAGAAUAUUUGGCCCACGAGGAAGAGUGCUUGUUCAUGAAUGGGCCCAUUUACGAUGGGGGGUCUUUGAUGAAUACAAUAAUGAGGUGCCUUUUUACAUCACUGGAAAUGGCAAUAGAGAGGCAACAAGGUGCUCCCUUGAUAUUGUUGGAGUUGAACAAUAUAAGCAAUGUAAUAAUGGAGGUGUCUGUACAACAAGAGCUUGCAGAGAUGAUCCCACCACAGGCCUUUAUGAAGAUGGUUGUUCUUUUUUUCUUGAUACAAACCAAGUUACUACAAAAUCCAUUAUGUAUUCACAGUCACUGACUUCUGUAUCUGAGUUCUGUGAUGCAAGCUCACAUAAUAUAGAGGCUCCAACCUUACAAAACAGAAUGUGCAACUUGCGCAGUACUUGGGAAGUCAUCAUGAAUUCCACUGACAUUACAUCUACUCCUCCAUCCAGUAGCCCAUCUGUACCUGUUGCCCCUACGUUCUCCCUAUUGCAGCCUAAAGACAGAGUCAUCACUCUAGUACUUGAUGUUUCAGGAAGCAUGGGAGGUAAUAAUCGCAUAGGACGACUCUAUCAGGCUGCAGACGUGUUCCUGAUUCAGAUUGUUGAAGAAAAAUCUUAUGUUGGAAUUGUCCAGUUCCACAGUACUGCAACGGUCAUGUCAAACUUAGUGCAGAUAGUUAACAAUGACAGUCGUAAACAGCUAAAAGAUCUUCUUCCAAAAACUGCAGGAGGAGGGACAACCAUCUGUUCAGGGCUUACGGCAGGAUUUCAGGUAAACAAUCGACACGAUGGAUCAACAUAUGGUACUGAAAUUAUCUUAUUAACAGAUGGAGAGGAUAGUAGUGUUAGAAAUUGCUUUGCUAAUAUAAGAAACAGCGGGGCAGUUAUCCAUACCAUAGCUCUGGGACCGAGCGCUACAUCCACACUUGAAGAAAUUUCACAAAUGACAGGAGGAUUAAAGUUUUUAGCUACAGACAAUCUGGAUGCAAAUGGUUUGAUUGAUGCUUUUGCUGGAAUAGCGACUGGAAGUGGAGAUAUAUCUAAACAGGCUAUUCAGCUGGAAAGCACCGUCUUAAACCUUGUACCAAAUCAGUGCUUGAAUGGCACAGUUUACGUUGACAACACUGUGGGGAAUGAAACAUUUUUUCUGGUCACUUGGCAAAGUGCAGCGCCAAUAAUCAACUUACAAGACCCAAAGGGAAACAUAUACACCGCUGCAAACUUCACCUCUGACGAUUUUGCCAAAUCAGCUAGACUGGAAAUCCCUGGAACAGCAGAAAGAGGACCUUGGCAUUACAGCCUUUGCAAUAAACAUGGAUCAGAACAAGCCAUAGGCAUUACCGUGAAUUCCAGGGCAGCUGAUGAAAAUGUGCCACCAGUUACUGUCAAUGCCCACAUGAACAGGGAUAUGAACUGGUUCCCAAGUCCAAUGGUCGUCUAUGCAUUAGUGAGUCAAGGGCUUCUGCCAGUGAAGGGAGCAAAGGUGACAGCGACUGUUGAGCCAGUGACGGGCAGUGCUGUCACGCUAGAGCUUUUGGACAAUGGAGCAGCUGCUGAUAUUGUGAAGAAUGAUGGCGUAUACUCUAGAUAUUUCACUGCUUUCACAGUAAACGGACGAUAUAAUUUAAAGGUUCGGGCUGAAAGCAAACAGAAUAGAAGCCGUCUAGCGUUCCCGAGGAGUCGCGCUCUCUAUGUGCCUGGCUAUAUAGAAAAUGGUGUGGUGGACAUGAACCCACAAAAGCCCAUAAUCAGUGACGAUGACAUUGCCCUUGACAUGGGACCUUUUAGCAGAACAAUGUCAGGUGGCUCCUUUGAGGUCUCUGCUGUGCCUGCUGGUGGUCCAAAACCUGGCGAAGACCUCUUUAAGCCAGAGAAAAUUACUGACUUAAGGGCAAAAAUUGAAGAAUCCACAGUUGUCUUAUCUUGGACAGCAACUGGUGAUGACCUGGACCAAGGAAAUGCAUCAAGAUACGACCUAAGGAUGAGCACCAAAUCUAGUGAACUCAGAGAUAACUUUAAUGGUUGUGUUUCAGUAAAUAUCUCCAGUCUAACCCCACAGCCGGCCGGAUCCAGCGAAACAUUUACCUUUGUUCCUAAGGAUAUGGUUAUAGAAAAUGGCACCAUCCUAUAUUUUGCUCUGAUUGCUUUUGAUGAAAAGCCACAGAAAUCAGAUCUAUCUAAUAUAGCACAGGCGGCUCUUCUUAUCCCUGCAGCUUUAGAAACCACAACUGAAUCACCUACUACACAACUUUCCAACACCAAUAAACCAAUUGAUAAUUCUAAUAAAAUUAACAUAACACAUCUGGCACUGAUUGUAUGUGCAGCAAUUAUUAUCAUUUCUAUAAUCAUAAGCAUCACUGUUUGUAUCGUGAGUUGCAAAAGGAAAAAGAAAAAUCCACAAAUGAACUUUUAAGAAAGCUGAGCUCGUAUGUAGUUUACUUACAACAUUUUCAGAUCAGUGCUUUAUGAGUUAGUACUAACAUUUAUUUUAAACAACUUACCCCCCGUUUUUUUUAUACGUCACAUAAGUAAAUGCAAUAUAUAAAUACUAAAUAUGAAUUACCAAGUGUUGCAUCAUAUUUUAUCAAAAUUAAUUGCAUGGUGGCAAUAGUAUUUGCAUGGCAAAAAGCCUUUAUAUGCAAUCUAAUAAACUCAUAUAUAUUUAUUUUUUAAUCUGGUACUUAAUGUUAGUGUAGAAUUAGCACAUGAUUUGUGUAUUUUGUUUUUCAAUCAGUAGCGCUACUAAAAUACGAGUUUGUAAUAAAGAUAAAAUAUAUUUUAACACAAUUAUGACACAAACUGAGAUAAUUAUAACAGAUAC